AUGUUGGGGGUGGGAUUGGGUAAUCUGUGCGCCGCCAAAAUCUGGGUUUUGGAAGAGCUCGGUAAUCUGGGCAAGUUCUCUUGGAGCAGAGUAACAAAGAAGUGUUGUGUUCUUGAGAAGAAGAUUCGGUCUCUUGCAGGUGGGUUUUGCAAAUUCUUAGCAAAGAUGAAUGAUUUGAUGACUAAAUCGUUCUUAAGUUAUGUGGAAUUGAAGAAACAAGCACAGAAGGACCUCGAAGCCAAUCUUGAUGUUGAAGCAGGCCAAGGCCAACUCAACCCGUCAGAACAAGAAAACCUCUCUCACUUUUUCCAAGAAGUCACACCAAUCAAGAGCGAUAUGAAAGAGAUCACCAAUCUCUUGUAUGAUCUUCAGAGCCUGAAUAAAGAGGCAAAGUCCACCCACAGUGCCAAGAUCCUUCGCGGGCUUAGAGACCGGAUGGAAUCCGAUAUGGUGGCAGUGUUUCAAAAGGUGAGAUUGUAUUGGAGUCUCUCACCGUUUUGA